GUAAGAUACAAUAUAAGCGUUAACAGAAACAAGGAAAGGUGAAGAUGAAGGGAAAAAACAGAGUGAAAUAGAAAGAAGAAAGAAUAAGAGAAAUUUCACGUAUCAAUUUAUUCUCUAAGCAAUUGGCUUUAAGCUUUGCUCUGUUCCAUUAGCCUUUUGCUUUGCUUGUUGGGAGCUUUGUUUCAUCGACUCUCUUUCCCAAUAUAAUUUUACUAUUUCAGCCCAUUAUCCAAACGAAAAUUAUUAGAUUACUAAUUAAAUCAUAUCUAUUGUACUCUUUAUUGUUUCGAUUGGAUCUGAAAAAGGACUCAGAAAUCAAUACAAGAGAAAAGGUGCUACCAAUGCAAAGCUGUUGCGCUUUUUGAGCGAAUUUAUCUCUUUUGGUGACUCUAAAUAAUCAUGACAGAUCAUUCUUUUUUCUGCAUUUGCUAAUCAGUGUUUGCACCAUAAAAACACAAUGGAGUCUCUUGUUGAUGGAAUCAGUUCCUUGCCAAACGGUCACAUUUCUUUCACUUCUGUUGAGUGCAAUACAACUCACACUCCAACUGGAUCAGUGGCAAAUGAAGGGAAAAAGGAAGUUCAGGAAACAGAAGCUACUGUCAAUCAAUUAGCAGAAGGUUGUUCAGGAGAGCAAGUUUUGGCCUUUGAAACUAAAUCAUCUAUCAAGGAUUUACAUCAUGGUUUGAAGAAUACUACUUCAAACGACGAUUUAGAGCCAAGUGAUUUUACUUCAAAUGCUGCUGCCAAAGGAAUCACCUAUUGUCCUCCUAGUCCUCAAAACAGUUUUUAUUCCGCUACGCAGUACACAGAAGCCAAACAAAGUUUUUCCAACACAGAAGUUUCUGUCAGUGAAUGCGCUAGCAGUACUGUGGACAAGUCUGGUACUGAAAGUGGUGAAGUGAGCAAUUCAUGUGAUUUUGUUGAAAGCAAAACUAGUACAGGUAGUGACAUUAGUGAUGAAAGCAGCUCUAGUAGUUUCAACAGUGCAGUAUAUAAGCCGCAUAAGUCAAAUGAUACUAGGUGGGAUGCAAUUCAAGCCAUUAGAGCCCGUGAGGGUACAUUGGGCUUUAACCACUUCAGACUUUUGAAGAGAUUGGGAUGUGGUGAUAUUGGAAGCGUUUUUCUAGCAGAGUUGAUUGGGACGAGAAGUUUCUUUGCCAUGAAAGUGAUGGAUAAGGCAGCUCUAGAAAGUCGCAAGAAACUUGUGAGAGCUCAGACAGAAAGAGAGAUACUGCAGUCUCUAGAUCAUCCCUUUCUACCAACACUGUAUUCACACUUUGAAACAGACAAAUUUUCCUGUUUGGUGAUGGAAUUCUGCCCUGGUGGAGACUUACAUGCACUUAGGCAAAAACAGCCAGGAAAAUUUUUUCCGGAGCAUGCUGCCAGAUUUUACGUGGCCGAAGUUCUUCUUGCUCUAGAGUACCUGCACAUGCUUGGAAUCAUUUACAGAGAUCUUAAACCAGAGAAUGUUUUGGUUCGAGAAGAUGGUCAUAUAAUGCUUUCUGAUUUUGACCUCUCCUUGAGGUGUGCCGUUAGCCCAACUCUAGUUAGAUCCUCAAAUUCAAGCUUAGAGUCCAAGAGCUCAUCAUAUUGUAUCGAGCCAUCUUGUGUUGUACAGCCCUCAUGUAUCCAACCUUCAUGUUUUACACCGCGUUUUCUAAGCAAGCCCAAGAAAGAAAAGAAGUCAAAACAAAAAACUGAAACAUAUAACCAAGUGAAUCGCCCUGAACUUCUUGCUGAACCAACAAGUGCUCGAUCGAUGUCUUUUGUGGGGACGCAUGAAUACCUGGCUCCAGAAAUUAUAAAAGGCGAAGGACAUGGCAGUGCUGUAGAUUGGUGGACAUUCGGGAUCUUUUUAUACGAACUCUUGUUUGGACAAACUCCUUUUAAAGGAGCGGGCAAUAGGGCAACAUUGUUUAAUGUUGUUGGUCAGCCCUUGAGAUUUCCUGAAACACCUAGUGUUAGUUUUGCUGCAAGGGAUUUGAUAAGAGGUUUACUUGUGAAGGAGCCACAACAUCGCCUUGCAUAUAGGCGAGGAGCUACUGAAAUAAAGCAACAUCCUUUCUUUCAAAAUGUGAACUGGGCACUUAUACGAUGUGCCAGUCCUCCAGAUGUACCAAAGCCAUCCAUGAUAUAUGAUAUGCCCCGAACACCACCAGCAGGAAAGGCCCCCGGAGUUGAUAUGAAACCUUCAGGUAAUUAUUUUGAGAUUGAUUUCUUCUGAGGAAUUCUUUUCCUUGCCGCAUUAUACGAAGAGCCACGUUGAAGAAACAUUGUUUUUGUGUUCCUUUGAUUAUGCUAAUGUAAAGCGCAUACUCUGUUGAAAUGCGGAUGUUGAAGGCCAUUUUCCCUUGUAUACACUUCUUCAAAGUUCAAUGUUAUCCAACUAGAAAUGAAUGAUUUCUCUC